GUAUUAUCAACAGUCGUCACACAACAUAACCUCUCUCACUCAAAAUUCUCUCUCUCUUCUCUCCCUCUUCCUUCUUUUCUCCUUUCAAUCCUCCUUCUUUUUUUACUUUAUAAAUUUAAUCACUCAAAUUUUCAUAAUAGUAGUAUGAGCCUCAAAAUCAAAGCUUCUUCAUGGAAAGUGUGUAUGUGUAUGUGAUGUGAUAUAUUUAUUGAGGUUUUAUAAAACUUAACAAAGGUAAGGUUUUUCUUUUUUUGAAUUAGAUGUUAGAUUUAUCAUUAUGGAGGUUAUAACAACACCAACCACAAACACAAACACAAACACAAACAUUACAUCUUUAACAAGUUCGAAAUCACCAGAGCCCGAAUCAGAAAACCCGACCCGAAUCCAACAACUACCCACAAACACAACAACCUCAAACAUAACAAAGCCAAUAACUUUUUCAAAUGGGGUUCUUAAACGUCUCAACCCAAACACAAACAACCACCACAACAACCACCAUGCUCAACCACCAAUGGUUGUUACUUACAAAGAAUGUCUCAAAAACCACGUGGCAACUUUAGGUGGUCACGCGCUUGACGGUUGUUGUGAAUUCAUGCCGUCGCCAACCGCCACCUCCGACGACCCAACAUCCAUAAAAUGCGCCGCAUGCGGUUGUCACCGGAAUUUUCACCGCCGUGAACCGGAAGAACCAAUUUCAACCGUUUUUGAAUAUCAACCUCACCACCGCCACCAUCCACCGCCGCCACUUUUUCAGUCCCGGAGUCCUAGUUCGCCGUCACCGCCGCCGAUCUCAUCAUACCCAUCAGCACCUCAUAUGCUGUUAGCACUCUCCGGCGCCGGAGUUGGUCUCUCAAUCCCACCGGAAAACACGGCGGCGCCGGUAAACCUUAGCUCUCCGAUGGGAACUAAUAGAAAAAGAUUUAGAACAAAGUUCACACAAGAACAGAAGGAAAAGAUGCAUGAAUUUGCUGAAAGUGUUGGGUGGAAGAUGCAGAAAAGAGAUGAAGAAACGGUUAAUGGAUUUUGCAAUGAAGUUGGUGUUGAUAGAAGUGUUCUCAAAGUUUGGAUGCAUAACAAUAAGAACACUUUGGGAAGAAAAUUGUCAGAUCAUGCCGGAGACGGUGCCGGAGCAGCCGUGGACGGUGUCUCCGGUGGUGGUUGUGCUGUUAAUGAGAAUGAUGAGAAUCAUAAUAAUGGGACUAAUGUUGCUGCUAGUACUACUAAUGGGUCUUCUUCUUCUUCUUGAUCUUUUUUUAUGAGAUUAAAAAAAAAGAGGGAAUAAUAAUAAUUCAUAUGUUUAGAUUAUUAUAGAGUAAUUAAGAUCGUUGGUACUAGUUAAUUUAGUUUUUUUUUUCUUCAAUUUAAUUGUUUAGUUUUUCUUGAUUAAUGAGAUUUAUGAUAAUCAACUUUCGGGUUAACAAACUAGUUGUUUUUAUUUUUUUAUUUGAUUGUUUAGUUUUAGUUAAUUAGUGAGAUUAUUAUGAUUAUCAACUUCA